AUGUACGAAAAUAAUUAUUUCGCGGAAUGGUGCAUCAGUGCGCCUCAUGGUAGAAGGAUCCUGGUUACUUUCAAUUACUGCAGUCUGGAAUCAAACAGGGAUUACAUAGAUGUCAUAGACGAGAACUCUAAAAGCUACUCAGGCGAAAAUGUGCAAUUCCCUCCAUAUCUGGCGAAGGGAAACAAGCUCCGCAUAGAGUUUUCUUCAUCUCGAUGGGGUAGAAGGAAAGGUUUCAAUAUUUCACUCGCCUGUCAUGAGCCUGCAAGAGACAACAUUUUAGUUCGUUUAAUGGGUGGUAUUAAACCGUCAGAAGGAUUCAUCGAACUCUCGUCAUCAGGUGAUUGGAUGAUAGUCUGUAACGAAAGCUUCACUGUGAGGGUGGCAGAAGUCAUCUGUAGUGAGCUUGGCUAUCCAGGCGUCAAAGAUAUCACCUUUGUGAAUGUGAAUGCACAAAACUGUACAAGAGCUCCAAGUUGCGGAAAUGAUACGUAUCGUUUGAUCGAUUGCACGGCUGGGAAUUCAAGUUGCGAAUCUGACCAGGUUGUGAAAAUAAAAUGUCAUGAGCCCGGAUACAAAGGAUGUUAUGAGCUUCAAACUCAACAAUUACAGAACACAUCAAAAUCUGAGUUUUCAACAGUGUCUCAGUGUAUAAACUUGUGCAAACAAGGAGCUUCCAACACUUCGUGCAAACCACGAGGACUUCAAACACACGCUUUUAUGAAUAAAACUGCAUGUUUCUGUUCCACACAUGCGGAUGUCGAUUUGAACGAUUUGUCCAAGACGUGCACUGACGAUUCACUCUCAUUUUCAAUUUAUGAUGCCUCUGUAGGAUUCUGUGAUAAUCUGAACGACACGAUUGGUGGAUCUUGGGAUUCUAACAUCACGAGGUUUGGUUCUAUCAUUAAUCUUACCUGUAUGUAUGGAUAUACACUGAAAGGCAAUGGAACCAUCCAAUGUGUGCCAGGAGUAACGCCAUACUACCCAAUAUGGAAUGAUUCAAUUCCGGAGUGUGAAUUAGAAGGUGGGUGA